GUUGAUUAUCAUGUUUAUUUUAAUGGUGGUGAUGCGGAUGAUAACGAUGAUGAUGGUGAUGAUGUUGAUGACCAUGAUGAUGAUGACGAUGCUGAGAAUGAUGAUGAUGAUGAUGAUGAUGAUGUUGAUGAUGACCAUGUUGAUGAUGAUGAUUGGGAUGAUGAUGACGAUUAUGCUUCAGAUGAUUCGGGUGAUGUUGAUGACGAUGAUUUGGAUGUUGAUGAUGAUGAUGAUGAUGAUGAUGACGAUGACUAGGAUGAGGAUGGUGAUGAUGAUGAUGUUGAUGUGA